AUGUCUCUCUAUUAUGAUGCUGCUACUGUGCUGACGGCGGAUGUCCGAGAAGGGUCGCUGAAGUCGAGAAUAUAUGGAAACAAGCUGGAGCUCAAAUCGAAACCCCCCCAUGUCUAUGCCUUAGUCUCAGAAACUGCAAAGUACGACCACUUCCUGAAAGAAGUGAUCGACAACGCAGCCUUCUUGUCUCAUGAACCAAAGUUGACCCCGAUCCUCUCCCUCCUUCUUGUUCACGAUUACCUGUUCUCUAAAAAUGGCAUUGCAGCAUCGUCUAGCCACCCUCUUCGUCAAGCAAUUGAGAGACACAAAGCACGAGUGCAAGCGGAAUUUACAAAGGCCCGGCUGAGAAGAAAAUGUGCCACGGUGGAGGAUCUGAAGAAGAACCUCUUGGGAGAAUAUCCACCCUCGCACUCAUCACAGCCGCGAUGGGUCCGGAUCAAUACGCUUAAGACGACCCUUGAAGAACAAAUUGCCGAGACAUUCGGAGAAUACAAGACGGACUUAACAGUUCGCGAAGUAGGAGAGUCUCUGGCUUCCGCAAAAGUGUUAGCGAUGGACAAAAAUAUUCCCGGCCUUCUUGCAUUGCCUCCUGAGGCAGACUUGACAAAGACGCAAGCCUACAAGGAUGGGAAAAUCAUUUUACAAGAUAAGGCUUCCUGUUUCCCAGCAUACUUGUUAAUGGGGGAAGAAGAUGACCGCGCUCUCAUCAAGGACUGCUUGGAUAGUUGUGCGGCUCCCGGAAACAAGACAUCACACCUCGCGGCACUCCUUGCUCGUGCUAACCGUGCCAAACAUACCAUAUUUGCUUGUGAACGAGACCCACAAAGAUCAAGAACGUUGAUGAACAUGAUGGCAAAGAGCGGAGCAGAUAGCGUGACGGUCCUCGCCGGAAAAGACUUUUUGACUGUCAACCCCCAUGACCCGCAAUACGAGAAAGUCACACACUUACUACUUGAUCCGAGCUGUUCUGGUAGUGGUAUCAUUGGCCGAGAGGAUGUACCUUCUUUGGCACUGCCCCUUGACAGGAGGGCACAGAGAUCACCGACUGGUGAUGUUGAAAGGCAUUCCAAGAAAAGAAAGCGUGGCGAAGCCGAAGGUCAGACGGGAAAUGCGGCAGAAGAUGUCGACCUAGUGGAAGAGACAAAGGAUAUUGCAUCCGAUCAAACACGAUUGCGGAAACUUUCAGCCUUGCAAACGAAAAUUGUCGAGCAUGCCCUGUCGUUCCCCGCGGCCAGACGAGUCACCUAUUCGACCUGCUCCGUGCACGUGGAGGAAAAUGAAGCCGUUGUGUCCCGGAUUCUGGCAUCUAACCAUGCAAAGACACAAGGCUGGCGUGUGCUGCGCCGAGAGGAGCAGCCUGCGGGUCUCCGCGAAUGGAAGCAUCGGGGUGGGUCUACUCCAGAGACGACUGCAAGUGGGAUGGCCUUCGAAACUCCUCCAUUGAGCCGGCAAGAUCUCGAAGCAUGCAUUCGCUGCCACCCAGGACAUGACGAGGGCACCAUGGGGUUCUUUCUUUGUGGUUUCGUCCGUUCUGCUUCUCACGAAAUACAAUAUAGUGAUGAUACCACUGAGUCUGACGAUGGCUGGGAAGGCUUUAGCGAUUAG